AAUGGAGCUAUCGUGGCUGUCCAUGUUGCUUUUCAUCUUUUUUUGUAACUUAUUUGAAUGUUGUCUUUCGGAUAAUAAUUCUGUUCCUAGGUCUGAUUAUGACAGUACAACGUUUGAAACUUCUCUCUCUCUAUUUUCGUAAAAGAUGAACCCUGGCAGUCAUACCUCAGCAAAAUCACAUAUGCCAAAAAGAACUACCAGCCAUGUAUUCAGGAAAACUACAGCUGCUAUCUUAGUGUCUUGAAAAAUGACCUUAAGUUGUUUCAAAAUGGCAUAUCCGAGGAGCUGAUGGCAGACACUGUUCAAAGAGGUGUUGGGACACAUUACCAGAUAAUUGGUCACAAGCUUUACAGGGAACAAAGCUGCAUGUUCCCAGCAAGAUGCAGUGGGGUUGAACACUUCAUACUAAAAGUGAUUGACAAGUUACCAGAUUUGGAGGUGAUUAUCAAUGUGCGUGAUUAUCCUCAGGUUCCUAGAUGGGUUCAGCCAGUCCUGCCUGUAUUGUCCUUCAGCAAGACAUCAGACUACCAGGACGUCAUGUACCCAGCAUGGACAUUCUGGGAAGGAGGACCUGCUAUAUGGCCUAUUUAUCCCACUGGACUGGGUCGAUGGGACCUAAUGAGGGCUGACCUGAACAAAUCAGCUGCACAGUGGCCCUGGAAGAAGAAGAGUCCAAAAGGAUUCUUUAGAGGCUCUAGAACCAGUUCUGAGAGAGACCCUCUGAUCCUUCUUUCUCGAGAGGCCCCUGAUGUUGUGGAUGCUGAGUACACAAAGAACCAGGCCUGGAAGUCAGAGAAGGACACUCUGGGGAGCCCCCCAGCCAAAGAGGUUCCCCUAGUUGACCACUGUAAAUACAAAUACCUCUUCAACUUCAGAGGUGUUGCUGCUAGUUUCCGUCUCAAACAUCUGUUCUUGUGUGGCUCGCUGGUUUUUCAUGUUGGUGAGGAGUGGAUUGAGUUCUUCUAUCCACAGCUCAAGCCGUGGGUGCACUAUAUUCCUGUCAAACAGGACUUGUCUGACCUCAGAGAACUACUGCAGUUUGUAAAAGAAAACGAUGGUGUGGCAGAAGAAAUUGCUAUGAGGGGUCAGAAGUUUAUUCUUGAUCACCUACGCAUGGAGGACGUAUAUUUUUACUGGGAGAGGCUGCUGACGGACUUCAGCAAGCUUCUCAAAUACAAACCUAAAAGAAAUUCAAACUACAAUCAGAUCAUUCACAGACCCAGCAAACUUGAACUCUGACCUGAGGAAAUCAUGAUAGGAGCAUUUCCUUUACAUUCCUCUUGCUCUUUAAAAAUUGCACUUGUUUGGCUUUAAACUGAAUGAUAGUAAUCAAAUGGCACAGACAUCAUCUUUUGGAUGUCUAAAUACAUUUUGAGACUGUGUGAAAUGUGUAAAGGGUGACACAAUAAUUAUUAUUUAUUGUAAAAACAAUAAAUAAUUUAAU